GCACACCCUGUAUAAACAGCAUAUUACUACAAAUCUAUUCUUUUGAAAUAAUGACAUUUUUUGCCCCACUCUGUAGUGACCAUAUAUAAAACAUUGUAUUUGAGCAAUGCUAAAAUAGGAGUUAGCCGUUGAAGGGAUACGAUAGCAGAGAAAAAGGGCUUUUUCAACAUUUAGUAACAUAACUUUCAGUAAAGAUAUGACAACACAAAGUGAGACUCUGAUGGUUAAGGAUGGAGAAAAUACAACGAUUCACCCAACAGGAAACAAUACAAGCGCAGUUGAUUCAGCCAUUUAUAAAGUUAUAUUCUAUGGUUUGGGAUCGGUAGGAUUUUGUGGAAAUAUCCUCGUGGUAUUUGUUUUCAUGAAUUCCAGAAUCCAAAGGCGUAAGAUCACAAACAUGUUGAUUAUAAACCAAAGUACAGUCGAUACAUUGGCAUCAAUGUUUUUGAUUCUCAACCACCUUUUUGAUGACAAUGGACUUAUCACUAAACCUGGAAUUGUAGCUGAACUGUAUUGUAAGCUCUGGCUCUCACAAUAUACAUUAUGGAGCACUAUGACUGUAUCAACAUUCAAUCUCGUGGCUCUGACGUUGGAACGCUAUUUCGCAGUGAUCCACCCCUUCAUAUACACGCUGAAGUUCACAGGUAUGAACGUCUCAAUUGCGAUAGGUGUAGUCUGGCUAAGUGGACUCAUAUUUUCAAGUUUAAAUAUCUGGACGACUUAUUUGGAUGGGAUAACAUGUAAACCGUGGGCUGGAUAUCCUAGUGAGCUGUUUCGGAAUGUGUGUGGCGUGGUGACAGUUUGUGUUAUGGUGUUCAUCCCUGUUGGCAUUUUCAUUGGCUGUUACAUUAGGAUCGCCAUGGAGAUAUACAGACAGGCCAAGAUGACGGACACAUCCUCACAUCGUGACACGCAGAUGUCAAAAGCAAAAAUUAACAUUAUUCGAACCCUACUUCUGGUUUCCGUUUGUUUUUUCCUCUGCUGGAUAACAAAUGGGACAUACUACAUGUUAUACAGCCUUGGGGUAUUGCCGAACUUUGAGAGCCCCAUCUAUAAGCCAAGUGUUAUUGCUUCAUAUGUCAACUGUUGUGUCAAUCCAUUUAUCUAUGUGUUCAGCUACAAUGCUUUCCAAGGUGCUCUUAAGGAAGCCUUUGGUUGUGAGACAUCUGAAGAGCAACUCUCUUAAAUGAGCACCAUCUCAAACGUUUCAAACUAAAUUAUGCUUCACUAAAACAAUUUUUAUCUUUACACAUAACCUUUAUUUUGAAAACACAGAACAUUUCGGAUCACACCUGGAUCCUUUAUCAACUGUAGCAAAACUGAACUGAAGCGCUACAAAAUAAUUAAAUAAAAAGCAAUAUCACGUCAUAUAAAUUCCCCAAAAUUUCAUUCCAAAUUCCCGCCAAUUUAUAGUUCCACUGAUCCCUGUUCAAGGUUGUGUAAAGAAGAAAAAUUGUUUUAGUGAUUUAAUAAUCCAACCUGAUGAACAUGUUUGAGUAAAUUAUGCUUAUUUGCGCUUUUGUUUAGUAGACUUGUAGUAAAAGGCAAUUUCAUUAAAUGAGGAAGG